AUGACAACAGAAACAGAGCUCACAGCAGAUGAGAUUGCGUUGUACGAUAGGCAGAUUCGAUUAUGGGGAAUGGCAACCCAGCUAAGAUUACGGUCAACAAAGAUCUUGAUCAUAAACCUUGGUGCAGUUGGAACAGAAUGCGUAAAGAACUUGGUUUUGGGUGGAUUAAACUCAAUAGAGAUCUUGGAUAACUCUGUGAUUAAGGAAGAGGAUUUCGCAGCACAAUUCUUUUUGCCAAACGAUGACUCCGUAGUGGGAAAAUUGAAAUUGCCAUUAGUUGUUGAUAAAGUAAAGGAGUUGAAUUCCAAAGUUGAUUUGAGUAUAAACACUUCUUCAUUGGAAGAUGCAUUUGCCAAACCAGACUAUUUCAAGGAUUUUGAUUUGGUUGUAGCCACUGAAUUAAAUAAAUCGCAAAUCAUCCUGCUUAAUGAAAUCACAAGAGGUUUGAAUAUUCCACUCUAUGUCGGUGGGAUGCACGGACUAUUUGGAUACAUCUUAAUCGACCUUAUUGAACAUACAUCUUACAAUGAAUUCAACCAGAGUUCGGUACCUAGAAAGGUCAAUGUGGAUUUAUCGAGAAACAAGACAAUGACUGUGGUCAAGCCUGACCCAAUAAAGAAGGUUGACAUCGUUACCAUUAAAGAUGUGUAUUCCCCACUUGAAACUAUAUUCCAUUCGAAAGAGAUACCAAAAUAUGCAAGCAAAAGAGAAUUGCGAAAGUGUACUGUAUUGCCAAUUAUAUUUGCAUUGUUUGAGAUACCUCGUCUUGAUAAUCCUGAAGAUGUUGUCGAUCCACAACUAUUAAGAGAAAAGACGGAGGAAGUUUAUAAAACGUUGAACCUACCUAUUUCGACAUUUUCCGAGGAUUACAUCCAAACUUUGAGUCAGCAAGCAUAUACGGAAUUCUCACCCACUGCUGCUAUUCUAGGAGGCGCCUUAGCUCAAGAAGUUAUUCGUUUUUUGAGCAAGAAUUACACUCCGAUGAACAAUGUUGUUAUAUUGGAUGCUACAAAGGCAGCUAUGCCUGUCUAUAGUAUGUAA